AUGGAGAAGCUUCUAAGGGAGAAUGCUCUGGUCUACAAUUGGAAAAAGCCGCAAUAUGCCCCUUUGGUGAUGGAUUGCACUUGGGUUAGGAUAUGGAAUUUUCCUGACAAUUUCCUUCAAUGCGACAAUUCUAAAAGGUUGGAGAGGUUAAACACUAGAUGGUUGGCCCCUCCUCCCUCAUGGUUUAAACUCAACUUUGAUGGUGUCGCUCAUAGUGGGGUUGCGACAAGAGGUGGAGUUAUAAGGGACAACUUGGGCAAUUUAGUUUUGGCCUAUGCUAACAACUUUGGUUCAUCCUCGAGUAACAUGGCUGAAGCCUUGGCACUCUUUUGGGGUCUUAAAUUGGCUCUCACUAUUGCCGCUAAAAGAGUGGUCAUUGAGGAGGAUUCUAAUCUGAUCAUUGAGGCGACUAAAGGGUUUCUAGGAAUAGCUGGAUGA